AUGCCGCAGGGGAUUAAUGCCUCUUCACAUUAAAUGAAACCAAGUUAUGAUGGUUUCUCCCAAACAAACAUCGAUAAUUUUUUCUUGAGCUAUGACUAAUAAAGCUAAAAUUAGCAGCUUUAAUAGCAGUCAUAACAGUAUGGAUAAUCAAUUUUAAGACCAAACAUGCAAAAUAACUACUAUUACAAUUUUAAUAAUAACUAUGGCCCAACAAGUAACAAUAAUAUUCAAAUUGGUUAAACUGCUUAACUGAAGCCAGCUCAAAGGUCCAACAUCCCUACUAAAAGUAUAGAAGUCUAAGUAACUCCUGAGAAACUUGAGGAGGAAACAUUGAAUGAAGGAGAAAGUAAACUAAAGAAAAGAAGAAGAAGAUAAAGAAAGCAAAAAUCAAAAGAAUCUGACAAAUACCCAAUAGUCAGAAAUCCGAAUGAGGAGAAUUGGCAAUAUGAGUAUCAGAAAUAUGCUUAGUAAUAUGCUUCGGUUUAUAUGCCAAAUCAAUACAUGAUGCCUCAAGCCAGAUUUCAACAGCCUCCUUAUUAUUACUAGCAAUAAAACUAUAUGAUAGGUACAUAGAAUCCCUUUAUGUAUAUGCAACAGCAUCAUUAGAAUUUAGCUGGAUUUAUGCCAGAUUAAGCAGCGCCUUCUCAGCCACCUUAAUAAUCAUUCGAUGACUUAAAAUUCAAAGAGCACAUGCGCGAUUACUUUAGAACCAUGUUCUACCCCUUUUAAAAUGAAUAACUAAAAGAGUUAGUUCUUCAAAUUGAUAUCUAUAUCCAAUUGUUAUAUCAAAUGCUACUCCUAGAAGGAAAAUCAAAAAGCACUAUUGAUAAUAAUUCUAUAUAAGAUAAAAAUGGCAUUAGUAAUGACAAAAUCAAGUAUAAGAUCUACAGUCUACUCUACGAUUUUCAGAAGAAAAAGGAGUAGACGCUAAAACCAUUCAAGCUUCCUGAAUAUAAAAUACCAUUGAUAGUUAAUUCUGAUUAAGAAGCCCUUGUAAUGAAUCCCUAGGAUUCAUUUAUUGAUGAAUCCAGUUAAACAGUUGAUUAUAAAAUAAUUGAAGGAUAAUAACCUCCAUCAAACACCACAUUCAAUUCUUCCCACAACAAUAGAAGAAAAUUUUCUUAUGUAGAUGAUAAUUUUCUACUUCUUGGACUUCGAUAAUACGGCUAUAAGGAAGUAGAACUUAUCAGGAAUAACUGGCUUCCAAAUAAAUCAUCUAAUGAGAUUAAACAUAGAUAUAAAAAUUUAACAUGCGCUAAAGCCCCAGACAACAUAAUAAAGAGAUGGAAGUUAACACAUAAUAUCCCGCUUAACGAUAAUGAAGAAAAACAGCUAGCGAAGGCAAUUAAAUGGUUUGGUUCAAAUACAAAUCGUGAGUACUAGAAUAUAGUAUCUGAUCACAGUCGAGCUGAGAGAUUCGGGUAACUGAUGCUUGAAGAUGAUGAAGGCCAGAAAGAUUUUGAGGAAAUUAAUCUUGAUAAAGUUCUAGAGGAUGAGAAGAAUUCUGAUGAGAAUGAUGAGAGUCUUUAUGAUGAUGAAGAAGACUCCUAAGAAUAGCUUAAUAAUCUUUAAGAUCUACUCGCCAACUAUGUCCAAGAUGGAGAAAAAAAUCAGGAAGAGGGAACAAUAAUAAGUAUUGAUUAGUCUGAAGUGAAUCCAAAAAGCCUUAAGUAGGAUAUGAGCGCUCUCAAUGAUGAGAUAAACGACGAUAAUGAAGCAGAUGAAUUAUACGAGGAAGUCGAACUUUGA